UGGCCAAUCUGGUUGGGCAGAGUUGACUGAUGCGGCUUCUGAUUGGCCGCGCGCUAGUGUCACGUAGAAGGGCGCCAGAAUAGAAGUUGUAGCGGGAUGAGAAGAGAAGUGAGAAAGUUCCAUCGGACCCCGGAACCGUUCAUUCAUUACCAGGGCUGAGAUCACUCCGAUGUCAUACAACUCCUAGGUGUACAUCCAUCGCCCAGCCCGCUCAUGGUCCGAGACACAGACAUGGAGAUCCAUGGAUGUCUCACCCUCAAAGAUCUGGCCACCUCCAGGAGGAGCAAAGGGGAGCAAGACAGGGAGGAUCGCACUGCACACAAGGAGAAUAUGUAUGACAGAUACCGAAUAAGCCCAAGAAUACCACUGAAAGGAGAGCCCAUUGAUCUGUCAAAACAAAGGGGUCUUACCCCAGAGAAAUUUCCCAUCACCCCUGUGAAAAUGUUGGAUAGACCUCUCGCGGACCCAUGGACACCCACCGCCAACCUAAAGAUGCUUAUCAGCGUUGCAAGCCCAGAAAUCAGAGACCGAGAAAAGAAGAAGGAACUCUUCCGCCCAAUAGAAAACGAGCCAGAGGACAUCGAGCCCGAUGCCCAACAGUUUGAGGCAGUGGAUGACAUUGAUGAUUUAGAGAAGAGACCAAGCAGGAAACAAAAGAGCCUGGGCCUUCUGUGUCAAAAGUUUUUGGCUCGAUAUCCUAGCUACCCUCUUUCCACCGAGAAAACUACUAUCUCUUUGGAUGAAGCUGCUUCAAGCCUGGGAGUGGAGCGGAGACGGAUCUAUGACAUAGUAAAUGUCUUGGAGUCCCUGCACUUGGUGAGCCGUGUGGCAAAGAAUCAAUACUGCUGGCAUGGACAGCACAGCCUAAAUGACACCUUAAAAAACCUUCAGCGGGAGGGGGAAAGACAGAAUUAUGGAGCACAAAUUGCUUCCUUCCAGCACAAGGAUUUCAUGACGGAGCCGAAGAAGCACUGUUUCCUAUUAAACCAGGGUGCUCUUUCCUUACAGUUUUCUGAAGCAGACUGCCCAUCUGCAUCUGCCAGCAGUCGCAAGGACAAAUCACUUAGGAUUAUGAGCCAGAAGUUUGUCAUGCUGUUCCUUGUAUCAACCACCAAGAUUAUCACUCUUGAGAUAGCAGCCAAAAUCCUCAUUGAGGAGAGUCAAGACAUUUCUGAUCACAGCAAAUUUAAAACCAAGGUACGACGACUUUAUGAUAUAGCUAAUGUACUAACCAGUCUUGGACUAAUUAAGAAAGUCCAUGUAACAGAAGAGCGUGGAAGAAAACCUGCAUUCAAGUGGAUUGGCCCUACUGAUUUCAAGACGGAAGGUGACCAGAGGAUGGAAGUCACAACUACUACUCCGUCACCAGAUUCUAAAAGAGAAGGCUGUAAUGCCACAGCUGAUAGCAAUAGGCAGAGGCUGCUGCGUCAUUCCUCAUUUAACCACAUUCAAGCUAUUAAUACUGUGAAAAGGAAGGUGUGCUCUGAGCCCAGUAGCCCUCACAAGUGUCAGAAAGUUUCUGUGGAGAACGUUGAUACUUCUUCUUCCAAGAUGGCACAUUUAGCAGCUAUCUGUAGACAGCAGAUUGAAAAUGACUGCAGGACUCAGAGGGCUACUACAGAUAAACUGUCCAAUGGGAACCUUGGCCCGGUGCCAUUUUCGGUUGUUGUGCCUGUGAAUUCAGAGUAUAGUGUCAGGCACCAUGUUGACCAGGAGAACUCCAUUGCUCCGAAUGAUAUGAGUGCGCUAAAGUUUAUAGCCCCCUCUAACUUGGAUCAGAGUUGUCAUGGAUUUCUACCUAAUCAGCCAUACAUGUAUGUUCCAUCUGCAUCUGUCUUAAUGCUCUGUGGCAAUCAUCCUGGAGGGAAAGGUUUGGAUACACAUCAUAGGGAAGGAAGUACACCUCCAAUUCUAGAUCUGGGGAACAUGUCUGAAAGCAACCAACCAGUCAUAAGACAAAGGACUGACAGUAGCGAUGAGGCCCCUCUUUCUUUGGUCAAACCAAAGUGCAUUUGGGCACCUCAAACUCCUUCUUUUUAUGAGACCAGCAUUCAGCAUAAAUCACCAGAUCGUGUUGGAGAGGAAAAGCAUAUAGACUCCAAUCAUACUGUACAGAAUGCGUUUGAGCCAAAUUGCAUUCAGCGUGUCUUAAAUACAAAAGACGAGACUCUGCAAGCUGCACCACCACAGUAUUUGUAUGUUCCUUCGGCAGCUGGAUUAAAUGGAUUUAAUUUCUUUCUUCCUGCAAGUCAAGCUACAGGAGCAAUGGGCCUUUCUCAGAAUAAUCUACAGCAGGUUAAUGUUCCCUAUGUAAUGGUGCCAUCAACAGCUCUUUCUGGAUUGCCAUUCCUCUGCUCUUCUGCACUUGCCAACCAAAUCUCUGCUGUCUCCAGUGGGUCUGCUAUUAGUUCUGGCAGCAUGAGUUACAGUCUACCUGGCGUGCCUUCUUCGCAUAUCAUGUUUGGUGCUUCACCCGUAGUAUCUCCUCAACAAUGCGAAACGUCCCUGGAACCAACACCAGCUCUUUCCCCAGUGUGUGCAAGUCCAGUCCCUGAAAAACUUGCCAGUUCUACAGCUGCAGACUCGCCUGUGUGUGUGGUCCAACCUGUUCCUAUCAAACAAAACCAGCCUCCAUUAACUCCAAAGAGUAUACGUCCAGUUCAUAAAGACACGUUCUUCAAGACGCCUGGCAGUUUAGGAGUUUCUCCAGCUCUUCAGAAGAAUGAGAGGUCCCUAGCCAGGAACUCCAGCUCUGCCCAGAGGAGAUUAGACAUCUGCAGCAGCUCAGAUGAUUGAUGUCCUCAGACUUUCUUUCUCUAGAACCGUGUGGCCUUUGGAACACUGUCCUCUACAUUCCAUAAUUGUAUAGGUGCCAGAAAAUCUCUUCCUUUUUUACCUAGGAAUUAGGUAGAACUUCCACUAUUUAUCAUACACCAGUAGGAUAAUAAGUGAACAUUUUGGUGGGUUUUGAGACGCCUGGAAACACCAACCAGCACUUAACCAGCACUGACUUGACCAGUUGUCUUGAUUACUGGAUGUCAACAAGUAAUUGUGUAAGGGUCACUGAGUUUACAUGUUCAAAUCGCUGUCUUAUUCAAAUAGUGUGAAUGGGAGCAUAUGUUAAAAAGCUGUAAAUUCCUCCUGUCGCCAUAGCAACACACUAACUUAAAUGGUUUGGGUGAGACAGUUACAAGUCCCAGAUGCUCUAAAGAGCAGUUGCUUUGCUACUUGAAAAUGAAUUGAUUGUAGCUUAUUUGUUAUAUAAGAAACUUCAGUAUCUGAAGUUAAAGGAAAAACUACACAAUUGUAUUUUCACACCAAAUAAAAUGUGAUAUAUAUUAUUUUUUUGUAAUCCUGGACGUAUCGGUGUACAGCCUUACAGAGCAUGCAUAACACUUCUACAGUGCCAUGUUCACAUGGUAACCUUGUUAUUGGAUAUAUUUAAUUUGUUUAAAUUUUAGGGGUUCAGUAAUGAUAAAUAUUUAUAAUCAGUUAGUGUCACAAGAGCAGGGUGGAUCAAAUAUCCUCUAUCAUUAUUUAACAUAUGUUUUUGUAUGUCCAACGCUUAAGGUCUCCAUGGCCCAGAGUCCUCUCGUGUCUUCACGUUAAAAUGGGCACAAUGAACAGAAUAUACUAUGUUUCAUAGCUAUUAACACUACAGUAGUAGUUAUGACUUUUCGUAAUAGACUUGAAUAGUAUUUCUAAUUUUUGUUUUUCCUUUAUAUGUUCAUUUUAGGUAUUGUUAAUUAUUCCAUUUUUGAAGGAAUUCUUAAUGCUGAAAAUCUCUUUUGCCUGUAUUUCCCAGUUUUACUGUGGUCACUGUUUUUGUAGCGGUAAUACUGUUUCUGUAAUAAGCUGAUGCUUAUUUGCACUGACUGAGUUGCAUAUUCCUAAUGUGACAGGUUAUAUGAUUUACCAGUUCUUUAUCUGUUAAAUGUAAAUGGGCUAUCUAAAUACUUGAAUGUGUUUUUUACCAUGUUUACACAAAUCUCAUGGUGCUAUUUUUUUCCAUAUUCAGCGCUGCUUAGUGUAAUAUAUUAUUGCACUGCUAGUUUUAUGUAUUUCUGCUGCUUGUAACCUUCUUAUCAUUUUAGGUCUUAUCAUUAUUAUUAUUAUUAUUAUUAUAUGUGCUUUUUAGCUAUGUUUGUCAUAGCUCUAAACAAAUUAAUUUGAAUGUACACGGUGUAUUAUAAUGUUAAAAGACCAAUAAAACACUUGGUACUAAA